AUGAUUUAUCAUCGUAAACGAGUAGAUGACAGCGGACAGGGGCUAAAGCAGGGCGGAGAACAAUGUAGCCCGUUCCCUAAGCAACCCAUCGAACUUCCAGUCGAAUUAUGGUGGAAGGUCAUCGACUUCACGAUGGGCGACUUCUUGCAUCUUGAGAAUGGUGGGAUCCGAUUGCAAGAGCUUGCGACGGUGUGUUGGACAUGGUAUGCUCGAUGCCAUUCUAAAUCCCUGGAGCGGAUUGAUAUUGUGCGGAGAGACAAGAAGCAAGCGUAUCGGCUGGUCAAAAUAUUAAACGAGCAACCCGAACGAUACAAAGUCAUCAAGAGGGUCAAUUUCGCAAACAACAAGAUCAAUAUGUUUGGCUCUCUUGCUAUAUGCAUGGCAGGGAAACUGCCCCGAGUGGAGAUACUAAGACUCGAAGAUUGUGCGUGGGUCCCAGGGCAGUUGCAUUGGCAGGUUUUCCUGCAUGUGAAUGCUGCAUUCGGGUCGAUUACUAGGCUUCAUCUCCUCUGGGUCUCGUUCCCUUCUGCGACCGUCUUUGGACGAUUUAUCUGUGCUCUUCCACGCCUUGUCUCACUCAAAUGUAGAUUUGUGAGACUCAAAAGAGAUACCAUUGUCGCGAAUAACGUGCUAAUGUCAAGCUUCCCCCGGCUCGACGCCAUUGAUCUCUACGGCAGCAGUGAUGUCGCCGACUUCCUCAUUGCGACCAGGGCCAGCACUUAUCUCCGCCACGUUACCUUCAGUGGACCUGAUGCUCGAGAGGGAUGCUCUACGCUGAUCGCUAUCACGGCCGAUCCCCUCUCUUCCCUCCAUUUCAAGCCAGAGAUGAAUAGCUUCGAGGAAGAUACCGCUUCAGGCCAGGACCUUCUUCCCGAUCUCACGCCGGCCGUCAACCUGCGUCUUCUGUCCGUCUUUCUCGAUGGCUUUGAUGCGGACUGGUCCUUCCACCCGCGAUGGCUAGCAGACGCCUUGCCUCCCGCCUCUUUGCCCAAACUAGCCGAGAUCGAGAUCAUUGUACGCCCUCGCGAUAAAGACAAGUGCGUGCAAGGCAGCUUCGAUGAUGUCAGCGACGACGCCUAUGCACAGAUUGAUCGAAUCCUCUCCGGACGUCAGUUUCCCGCCCUUCGGAAGAUCACCUUCCACCUUCGGUGUACUGUUCGUCGUAGUGUUGUAAUGAAGGUGUUGACCGCCGAGUCCUGGAAGAUGCAUCUUUCGUCGAAGCUUCCAACAUUAUAUGCUAGUGGUCGGCUCUUUGUUCAAACCCACGGAUCACCGUCUGGACUAAAUGUCGACACUGUUGAGAAUCUUCCGAGCGGAGAAGUGUCUGUUCUCGAAGCCUCUGGACAACCAUCUGAUGUCCUCCCUAAAUAUCCGACCCAACUCCCGGUCGAGUUAUGGUUGACCAUUAUUGAUUUAGUGUUGGACCAUUGCUGGCAUAGCUGGGAUUACCAAGACCAGCUGCAGAAGCUGUCGAUGGUUUGUCAAGGGUGGCUUGCUCUCUGUCGCUUUCGUGCCCGGGAGAAGGUUGAUGUCGAGGAUUUGGACAAGAAAGGGAUAUUCCGAUUGAUCAAAGGACUAGAAGAGUAUCCCGAGCGAUACGAUGUCAUCAAGACGGUAUCUUUCUGGAACCCAUACAAGAUCGAUGUCUUGGGGUCGUUUGCUGUACGCAUGGCUCGGAAGUUGCCUCGCGUCGCAACACUCAAUCUUGUCAAUUGCGACUGGGUUUCUGGAAAGCUGCACCCACAGAUUUUUUUGCAUAUGAAUGCCACAUUUGGAUCGAUCAGCACCCUCGAGCUUGUUGGAGUCUCAUUCCCCUCUGCAGCUGUGUUUGGGCGGCUUAUCGGCGCCCUCUGCCGCCUCUCCAUCCUUAAAUGCUUUUCUGUGAAGUUUGCGAAGUAUGGCAUCGUUGCGGAUACGGUUCGAGAGUCACGUACGCCCACACUCGUUGCCGCCUAUCUGGACCAGAGUAGCAGCGUCAUGGAGUUCCUCGGCAUGGUCUCAAUUGGCGCUCACCUCCACCAUCUCAGUUUCGAUGACUCUGACCGAGAGAAAGGCGCGAGGAUGGUCGCUGCAGCCGGAGAGUCGCUCUCCUCCCUGGACAUUCAGCUACAGAACCCAAUCGAUAAUUCAAAUAAUGCUCUUCCAGAUCUCACACCAGCUGUCAAGUUGAGUGCGUUGUUGGUUGAUCUCGAUCUCAAAGACUUGGGCUGGCUAGCAAAUAUCUUGUCUCAUGCUUCUCUACCCAAGCUAGUCGAACUUCAGAUCGUCAUAAAGCUCGAUGCUCGUGAAGGGGAGCAUGUACUAGAUGUGCUUGACAAAAUCGAAUACAAUUGUUGUGAACGGAUCGAUCAGGUCCUCUCCACACGCCAAUAUCCCGCCCUCAAGACAUGA